UUUCCUGGAAGGAGAAAGGGAAUUGCAUUUAUGACAAUAGUUGCUUGCUUCUGUCUCCGGUCCCGGCUCCGUCUUCGUCUCCGUCUCCGGUUUCCAUUUCUUGCGAGGAAUAUUUAGCUACGCAAAGCCUCAAACUUCACAGUUUUUGCUCGACGGUUAUGGCCUGCCAGAGGGGACUACUACUGCUACAGUCACGUUUAUAUAUAUGGACAAUGAAUUCUGUGAAAGUGCAUAUGUAACUCCUGCAACUCGUGGAAUCGCAAAGAGGAGCAAUGAACAAAGUGAACAAAUUUCAAUGGUUGGCAUAAAAUCUAGAUUCUUUCGUAAAAAGAGUUCCCAGAGGACAAGACUUGGAUGGAAAAUGCCCUUUGCAUUAAACACAGGUGGAAUUCCUGGAGACGGCGGACAAGAGAACAUCAGUAGUGACAGCUCUGAUAUCGGGGGCACUCGGUUAGGGAGGAUAGUAAGUGCAAGUGGUAGACAGCUGCUGGAGAAGCUUAAUUCAGCAAGAAGAAACUUCCCCAUGAAGGUAUUUCUGUUGCUAUUGGGUUUCUAUACGGCAAAUGCUUUGGCUACAAUUCUUGGACAGACAGGUGACUGGGAUGUGCUGGUCGCUGGUGUCGUGGUUGCAGCCAUUGAAGGGAUUGGAAUGCUUAUGUACAGGAAGCCGCCUCCUUUAUCUAGUCGAAGGAUACAAUCCUUUGUGGUGAUGAUGAAUUAUUUGAAAGCCGGUGUUUGCUUGGGUCUCUUUGUGGAUGCUUUUAAGUUAGGGAGUUGAGUUAUUGUCUAUACUUCUCUUUCUUAUCUCUUUGCAUUUGUUGUAGUUUGUUUCUUUACAAGCUUUAGAUGUUUCAUAAUCCUUAUCGUGAUUUAAGUUGCUCCAAAGAUUUAUUUUUGCCUC